AUGUUUUCGCCGAUAAAAUUGAAAUACCAGCAAAAAAACGCAAAACUACGUUAUAGCAACAUAUCCCGGCAAAUUUUAAUUACCGGUUAUUACAAAACAGCAAAAACCCCAAAAUAUUUUAUGAAAAAUUCGCAAAUUUGGUGGCCGAUACAAUUUACAGUAUUUAGCGAACGUAUCGGGAACGAAAGGAGCGAAAAUAAAAGAAUCGCGGUAAAAAUAAAAAAAAAAUACCCCUAUAACCCAGACAAAAACAGGAAAAGCAAUCGAGGACGUUAUUACGAAUCCAAUAACCCGAAUAAAGGGAAAAAAAACGAUAUAAUACCUAAAAUAACAAAAAUUACAGGACGUGGUUUAACAAAAUCUAAAAAAAUUGUUUAUUGGGAAACCAACAUUUGUUUCGCGUACGGGAAAAAAGGACAUAAAUUAUUUGAAUGCCCCAAUAAAACGAAAAUAAUCAAAAUUUUGGAUUUUAAAAAUAACCACAAUAUUAAUAACGAGCAAAAACUAUCGGGAAAAAAGUAA